CUGAACCUGGUGCUGGACUUCGUGCCAGAGACGGUCUACCGGGUGGCGCGGCACUUCAACAAGGCCAAGAGCAUCAUUCCCAUCAUCUACGUCAAGGUGUACAUGUACCAGCUGUUCCGCAGCCUGGCCUACAUCCACUCGCAGGGCGUGUGCCACCGGGACAUCAAGCCCCAGAACCUGCUGGUGGACCCCGAGACAGCCGUGCUCAAGCUCUGCGACUUCGGCAGUGCCAAGCAGCUGGUGCGCGGCGAGCCCAACGUGUCGUACAUCUGCUCCCGGUACUACCGCGCCCCCGAGCUCAUCUUUGGCGCCACCGACUACACGGCCAACAUCGACAUCUGGUCGGCGGGCUGCGUGCUGGCCGAGCUGUUGCUGGGGCAACCCAUCUUCCCCGGCGACAGCGGCGUGGACCAGCUGGUGGAGAUCAUCAAGGUGCUGGGCACCCCGACCCGGGAGCAGAUCAGAGAGAUGAACCCCAACUACACAGAGUUCAAGUUCCCCCAGAUCAAAGCCCACCCCUGGACCAAGGUGUUCAAGCCGCGGACGCCCCCGGAGGCCAUCGCGCUGUGCUCCCGCCUGCUGGAGUACACCCCCGCCACGCGCUUCUCCCCCCUGGAGGCCUGCAGCCACGCCUUCUUCGACGAGCUGCGCCAGCCCAACACCCGGCUGCCCAGCGGCCGCGACCUGCCCCCCCUCUUCAACUACAGCAGCGCCGAUGGAACCGGUUCCGACUCGUCUCAGCACAGCUCCGUACCGGGAUCCCUGAACAGCAUCUGAACCCCCCCCCCCCCCCCCCCCCAACGCAAACACAAACGCACACACACUUGAACUACACACACCUCAUCUCUCCCCCUUCCCAUACUGUGUACUUCCCAUUUCUACUACACACACCCACACACUACACGCACACAAACACACUACACAUGGAACAUAACCACUUGUUCGCUGUAUGACAGGGUGUAAAACUACAAGACUUGUACACUACACACACACACACACACAGACACACACACACACACACACACACACACACACACCCGCGCACAUGGCGGUGUGUUUGAUUGGUCUCCUAGCUGCUAGGAUAUGAUCUAAGACGGAGGGCCGGUCCUCUGGAGAAUAUUACCAUGUCCUUUUUUUAUUUAUUGAUUGGAGAAUUUUAAAACUGUUGUGGCGAACAUGCGAAUUUUAUUUAGCUUUUUUUUUUUUUUUUUGUCGUUAUUUUUGUACGUGACUGGAGUCGACGUUCCGAAGUCCUGAUAGUUCGGCGUUCCCGAUUGGCCGCUCACUGGCCCCUCCCCCCCCCCCCCCCCAUCCAUUCCCGGUCGAGCCACAUCUCUCUCCUGCUUCCUCUCACGUGAUUGGCCCACAUGUCGGCCCGGUGUGCGUCGGACUUCAGACCAAAACCACCUCUUCUGUUUUUAUCUGUUUACACUUCCGUUACCGUGUCAUGUUGAAGUUUCCCCGCAACCCCUCCCUUGCCGCCACUCUGUGUGUGUGUGUGUGUGUGUGUGUGUGUGUGUGUGUGUGUGUGUUUUUGUGUGUGUGCGUGCGUGUGUGUUUGUGUUAUUUAUGUUUUAUUCCAAACUACGAUGUAAGCUGCCAGUAUUUUAGGACUCCCCGUUGGUGAAUAUGAUUCUUUGACUUUGUUAUUUUAUUUGACCCUGCCCUUCUGUCCGCUGCCUCUGAGCUCCACACGAGGGUCGUUGCCAUCUCCCCCCGUGUCAGUCGAUGCCUGCCCCCCCCCCCCCCCCAUCGGCCUGUCCGAUUUGUGCGGCCGAGAAACGAAACGCUAAAAGAAAUUAAAAACAAACAACCCCUUUCCCGGCGUGGGUGCGUUGGUUUCGCGUCCCGGGGCGGGCCGGGUUGAUUGUUGUUGCACCCGGAGCCGUGCGGAGCUAUGAAGCGGUGUGAACCCCGCCCGGCCGCGUCGCCCCGGGGGGGCGAACCCAACGCCCCUCUGCCUCCUGGAGUCCAGAAGCCAUCUCCUCUCUCUCUCCUCCCUCCCUCCCUCCCUCCCUCAUCGUUGCACAUGUGUAAAUAGGACCUGGUUUUUAAUUUGUGCUCUUGUCGAUACGUUGUUUAUAUCGUUUUAUUUUAUUUUAUUUUUCAAUGUUUUCAUUGCAUCAUGACUGAAGCGCGUUUUAGUUUUUUUUGUAAAUACGUCCUGGGUUCCACGGUGUCCAUGGCGAUGCAGAAUGUAAAUAGAAGGUGAAACCGUGGGAGAGGAGACAUUCCACCGUCUGCCUCCUCCCCCCCGCCCUCCAUGUCUGUUAGGAUCUCUCUCUCCUCUCUGCCGCCCGGGCGUCUGUCUGUCCCCCGGGAGCGGGUGUCUGUCUGUCCCCCGGGAGCGGGCGUCUGUCUGUCCCUCGGGGCGGGUGUCUGUCUGUCCCUCGGGGUGGGUGUCUGUCUGUCCCUCGGGGUGGGUGUCUGUCUGUCCCUCGGGGUGGGUGUCUGUCUGUCCUUCUCGGGGGGGGCACUGUGGGUCCUUCUGUUUUCUAGAAACAGGAAACGCGUCAUUACCUCACAUAAAACGUUAUUUUAUUCUGGAGAGCGCUUGGCGGCGAUGGGUCGUCUUAAACCUGGGUCUUAAUGGUUCGGGGACUGUGGGGGGUCAAGGGUCAGAAGCCAUGUGGGGUCAUAGAGGGAGGGUGGGCGCUAGGCACUAUAGUGUACCCUGUUAGUAGCAGGCUGUACUCUAGGCUCGUCGGGAACCCCCGGAUGAAGUACUUCUUCUGGUCCCGGGGGCGCGUCCCGGUGGUUUCCUCUCCGCCAUCGCUGCUAGGGCCACCGUGCCCGGAGCAUGCACGUGUGAGUGCGCACGUGCGAGCGAGCACGUGUACGUGUGUGCGCGCGCACAUGCUCGUGGCCCAGAGAUUGUACUCUGGCCCGUGGUUUCAAACCGUAUCUUCUAGAAACCCGACCCGUCUGUGCAGAGGACCUCUGUGAAGCCGCUGUCGGUCCUAGCCGACACUUUUCAACACUUGAUAUUAUUUAGUUGUUUUGACUCUGGGUCUCGUUCGUUGUGAUGCUGUGUAGCUCAGGCCUCGCUCCGGGCCGACCGACGGGCGCAGGAGGAGAGAGAAACCACUGUUGUGUAUGUCACUACUUUGUGUAUGAUAUGGUGUCAUUUAAUAAAGUGAUGAAACUGUG